AGGGGAGGGGUGCGAGCGCGUUCAGGGGUGGCCGCCCUCGGGUGGCCGCAGCCGGGCGCUGGGACCCGCGCGGCUCCUCCACCUCGGCAGGGCCGGGUGGCGGGGGCUCCCACCACUCCGCGGUCGUCCUUCUCUUCCCUCUACCUCCUCCUCCUCCUGCCCUACCUCCCGCCCCUCCCCCCGCCCCCCCCCCUGCCGGGCCCCGGGAAGAGGCAGGGCUGCAGCCCUGAGCAGCCGCCGCUCCUCCUCCUGGCAGGCUGGCUGAUGAGUCAGCUGACGGCGGCGCUCCAGCCUCGCCUCGCGGCGCUGCGCUGCGCUCUCCGCGCUCCCCCAAAGUGGCUGCCAGCCGGCCGCCCACUUUCAGGGGUUCGGGGGACAAAGUGAUGUGCGCCUUCUAAAGCCGCGCCGAGCCGCAGCCGAAGCAGCUUCGCCUUUUCAACUUUCUCCUGACCCUGCCCUUAACCCUCCCCAAAGCCACUUCGGGUGCGGGUGCUCGGGUGAGGGGGGUCACCGGCUGCCCGGGAUGGCUUCCAAUUUUAAUGACAUAGUGAAACAAGGGUACGUGAGGAUCCGGAGCAGACGCCUAGGGAUAUAUCAGCGAUGCUGGCUAGUAUUCAAGAAAGCUUCAAGCAAAGGUCCAAAAAGACUGGAGAAAUUUUCCGAUGAACGUGCUGCAUAUUUUAGGUGUUAUCAUAAGGUUACAGAGCUCAACAACGUGAAGAACGUAGCUCGGUUGCCAAAGAGCACCAAGAAACAUGCCAUAGGGAUUUAUUUCAAUGAUGAUACCUCCAAGACCUUUGCUUGUGAAUCAGAUCUUGAGGCCGAUGAAUGGUGCAAAGUACUCCAGAUGGAGUGUGUGGGCACGCGGAUCAAUGACAUCAGCCUCGGAGAGCCUGACUUAUUGGCUACUGGGGUUGAGAGAGAACAGAGUGAGAGAUUCAAUGUGUAUUUGAUGCCAUCCCCUAACUUAGAUGUACAUGGCGAAUGUGCCUUGCAGAUUACAUAUGAGCACAUCUGUCUUUGGGACGUCCAGAAUCCCAGAGUCAAACUCAUCUCUUGGCCGCUAAGCGCCCUGCGGCGGUAUGGGCGAGAUGCUGCUUGGUUCACUUUUGAGGCAGGGAGGAUGUGUGAAACUGGGGAAGGGCUGUUUAUCUUUCAAACGCGAGAUGGGGAGGCCAUCUACCAGAAGGUCCACUCUGCUGCCUUGGCAAUAGCUGAGCAGCAUGAUCGCUUGCUCCAAAGCGUGAAAAAUUCAAUGCUCCAGAUGAAGAUGAGCGAGCGGGCCGCCUCCCUGAGCACCAUGGUGCCCCUGCCCCGUAGUGCCUACUGGCAGCACAUCACACGACAGCACAGCGCUGGACAGCUCUGCCACCUGCAAGAUGUCACCAGCCCUCUGAAGCUUCAUCGGACAGAGACUUUUCCUGCCUACCGAUCGGAGCACUGACAGGAGCUGCCGAGAAUCGAGAAUCGUUGUGUGACACACUCGUGAUGUGUUGGCCACCGCAGAUCCACCAGGAGGCCACAGGAUGACAGCGAGGGGAGCCACGAUGGAAAGAGGCGGGAAGUCCUGGCUAAUUGUGUUGGUCAUUGGGAAAUUGCAAUGCAAUACUUGUCUUUUUCUUUCUUUUUUCUUUUUUUAAAAAAAUCUUAGCGUGAUUGAGACAUGCUCUAUAGAUACCGACUUUUUGUUCCCUCUUUUACAGCUGGACAGAAAGGAGUCGAUGCCACAGAAUGAUUUUCUAUUGUAGAUACUAUGUCCCUUGCACUUCUCUGAAUCUAUCCUUUUGUGGAUUCUUGUGAUUUUCCUUCUGAGUGUUUCAAUUGUACGACAGUCAGUACUGAUAAUAAAAUGGUUCUUCGUUA